CCGGGUGAAUCAGCUCCCUCACCACAGACGGGGAGUUGGCCAGAGUUACUGCUUUUUGUAACUCUGACCUGAGGAAGCGACUGGUUUGUUCGUAAAGAUCACUUGAUGUAAAGUAAUCUUAUUUUUCAUGGUUUCCCCUCUGAAGAAAUGGCCAGAUGAGGGGACAAGAGGAGCUGAAACUUCAGCUCAAGUCUGAAACGGUGAAAAGCAGCUGAUGUGUGCAAACCCAUGCUGGUGAGUCCGUGUGUUUACGAUGAAGUUGGCUGAAACGAAGUGCACAGAUCAGCUUGUGGAAAUGUUCCAGAACUGGACUUGCUCUCGGUACAGAGCAGCAGGUCUUCCUCCGGCAUGAGGCAGCCAUUUAUCUGCUCUCACACACUGAUGAGCCGAUGCAUGUCAUGUUUUUCUGUAAGUGAGUGUGUGUUCUGCCCCCGCUGGGCGGGGCAGCCCCACGCUUCCUUAUUUGGCUAGUUGUUGCGGUGGGGGUUAGGGUCACAUGGGUGGACAGCUGAACUGUAGCGACUGGAACAAAAACUCAGAAGAAACGCUCAGCAUCUGCCCAGCAGAGUUAAGUACACAAGUCUGAAGGGAAAGAAGCAAACGCCUAUAGAAGAAAAGCAAGAAAGGAAAGAACACGGGAGGAGAAGGAAGCAGCAGAGCAGAGGGAGGAGAAAGGAGGGGAGAGGAGCGUGAUAAACAGGAGACGGAGAGGAAGCACAUGGUGUAAAAAUGCCCACUAACUUCACCGUGGUCCCUGUGAAGGACAACGCCAGGAAGGGAAAAGAGGGCGACGAGGAGGAGGAUGACAACAAUGUGCUGAGAGAGGAAGAAGACCCCACAGGUGAUGGCGUCCCAAAAGAAAACAGUCCCUUCAUCAACAACACCGACCAUGACAAAGGCAACAGCUACGACGGCACCAACAUGGCGCUUUUCGAGGAGGAGAUGGACAGCAACCCCAUGGUGUCAUCGCUUCUUAACAAGCUGGCAAACUACACCAACCUGACCCAGGGAGCCCAGGAGCACGAGGAGGCGGACGAAGAUGAGGGGCCAAAGAAGAAAGCUGUUAAGAGCCCUCAGAUGGGGACCUUCAUGGGCGUUUACCUGCCGUGCCUCCAGAACAUCCUGGGGGUCAUCCUGUUUCUGCGCCUUACCUGGAUCGUCGGCACCGCCGGCAUCUUGGAGUCUCUGGCCAUCGUGGGCUUGUGCUGCUCAUGCACCAUGCUGACAGCCAUAUCCAUGAGUGCCAUCGCCACUAACGGAGUUGUACCAGCUGGAGGCUCGUACUACAUGAUCUCCAGGUCUUUGGGCCCAGAGUUUGGUGGAGCAGUGGGUCUCUGUUUCUACCUGGGGACCACCUUUGCCGGCUCCAUGUACAUCCUGGGUACCAUAGAGAUUCUGCUGACCUACAUCGUGCCUAAAGCAGCCAUCUUUGUGGCGGAGAGGAAGGAGGACGAGGUGGAUGCCCUGCUGAACAACAUGCGCGUCUAUGGCACGUGCUGCCUCGCUCUGAUGGCCAUAGUCGUCUUUGUUGGGGUCAAAUAUGUCAACAAGCUGGCGCUGGUCUUCCUGGCUUGUGUAAUUCUCUCCAUCCUUGCCAUCUAUGCUGGAGUAAUCAAAACCAUCUUUGAGCCACCAGAUUUUCCUGUUUGCAUGUUGGGAAAUCGAACGCUGCAGAACCACAACUUCGACAAGUGUCUGAAGACGGAUGUCAUCGAUAACCUGACCGUCACUACCGAGCUGUGGAGGCUGUUCUGUGAUGGGCCUGAGCUCAACGCUACCUGCAACGAGUAUUUUGUGAACAACAACGCGACUUUGGUGCAGGGCAUCCCCGGACUGACCAGUGGAGUCAUUUCAGAAAACAUGUGGUCGCGGUACGGCCCUCUCGGCAUGCUGGUAGAAAAUGAGAAGAUUCAGUCUGUUGGGGGAAGUGACCCGACCCUGGACAUUUACAUGCCCUACGUCGUCAAUGAUAUCACAACUUUCUUCACUCUGCUGGUCGGCAUCUACUUCCCCUCCGUCACCGGUAUCAUGGCCGGUUCCAACCGGUCGGGUGACUUGAGGGAUGCACAGAAGUCCAUUCCCAUUGGGACCAUCCUGGCUAUUGCUACCACUUCUGUCAUCUACAUCAGCUGCGUGGUUCUGUUCGGUGCCUGUAUUGAGGGAGUCCUGCUUCGAGACAAGUUUGGCGACUCGGUGAAGGGGAACCUUGUCAUAGGGACGCUGUCCUGGCCCUCACCCUGGGUUAUUGUGAUCGGCUCCUUCUUCUCCUGCUGUGGGGCGGGUCUGCAGAGUUUGACCGGCGCCCCUCGUCUGCUCCAGGCUAUCGCUCGAGACGGCAUCGUCCCUUUCUUACAGGUGUUCGGUCAUGGGAAGGCUAACGGAGAACCCACCUGGGCUCUGCUGCUGACCGCUGGGAUCUGUGAGAUCGGCAUCCUCAUCGCCUCCCUGGAUGCUGUAGCUCCUAUCCUCUCCAUGUUCUUCCUCAUGUGCUACCUGUUCGUCAACCUGGCCUGCGCCGUUCAGACCCUGCUGCGAACGCCCAACUGGAGGCCUCGCUUCAAGUACUACCACUGGGCUCUGUCCUUCCUGGGAAUGAGCUUGUGCCUUGCCCUCAUGUUCAUCUCCUCCUGGUAUUAUGCCAUCGUUGCCAUGGCCAUCGCUGGCUGCAUCUACAAAUACAUCGAAUACCGAGGGGCUGAGAAGGAAUGGGGUGACGGGAUCCGCGGCCUGUCCCUGAACGCAGCACGCUACGCCCUCAUUCGCCUCGAGGAUGCUCCACCGCACACCAAGAACUGGAGGCCUCAGCUGUUGGUGCUCCUGAACCUGGACUCUGAUCACGGAGUGAAACACCCUCGUCUGCUGUCCCUAACCACUCAGCUGAAGGCGGGGAAAGGCCUGACGAUAGUGGGGAAUGUUCUGGAAGGGACGUACCUCACUAAAGACACGGAGGCAAAGAAAGCAGAGCAGAACAUCAAGUCCUCCAUGUCAGCCGAGCGCACCAAGGGUUUCUGCCAUGUUGUGGUGUCGUCAAACCUCAGAGACGGCAUCUCCCACCUCAUCCAGUCUGCAGGUUUGGGGGGCAUGAAGCACAACACAGUCCUGAUGGCCUGGCCUGGAACCUGGAAACAAGCCAAUGACCCGCAGUCCUGGAGGAACUUCAUAGAGGCGAUACGCGAGACCACAGCUGCCCAUCAGGCUUUGCUUGUGGCCAAAAAUGUGGACAGUUUCCCCACCAACCAGGACAGGCUGGGGGAGGGCACCAUCGAUGUGUGGUGGGUGGUCCACGAUGGAGGCAUGUUGAUGCUGCUGCCCUUCCUGCUGCGACAGCACAAGGUGUGGAGGAAGUGUAAGAUGCGCAUCUUCACCGUCGCCCAGAUGGACGACAACAGCAUCCAGAUGAAGAAGGACCUCCAGAUGUUCCUCUAUCACCUGCGACUGGAUGCUGAGGUGGAAGUCGUGGAGAUGCAUGAUAAUGACAUCUCAGCCUUCACCUAUGAGAAGACCCUGGUGAUGGAGCAGAGGUCUCAGAUGCUGAAACAGAUGCAGCUUUCCAGGACUGAAAGAGAGAGAGAGGCCCAGCUCAUCCAUGACAGGAACACAGCUUCUCAUGCCACGGUGAACGACAAGGAAGACGCCGGGCCCGAGCGUGUGCACAUGACCUGGACCAAGGACAAGCUGUUCACAGAGAGGAGCCGCAACCGCGAGUGCAACACCACCGUGGCCGUGCGCGACCUCUUUAACAUGAAACCAGAGUGGGAGAGUCUGAACCAGUCGAACGUCCGCCGCAUGCACACCGCGGUCAAGCUGAAUGAGGUGGUGGUCAACAAGUCCCAGGGAGCUCACCUGGUCCUGCUCAACAUGCCCGGACCCCCACGGAACAGAGGAGGAGAUGAAAACUACAUGGAGUUCCUGGAGGUCCUCCUGGAAGGUCUCAACCGCGUCCUCCUGGUGCGAGGCGGUGGCCGAGAAGUCAUCACCAUCUACUCCUAAAAACUAAAACUCUCAUGCCCUGCACUGCACACAUGGCUUUGUCGCCAUGGAUACUGGUCACUGGGCAUUUUUUGAGGGAAGAAGCCUAAUUUGUUCUGGGGUUUUUGGAAGGCGGGACCACUUGUGACUGACAGACGGUCUGAAAGGCAUCACGUUAAAGCUGGUGUGGGAUCAGCUGGAGGAGCCGGUGGAUCACAGAACCCCUGCAGAGAGAGACGAGCAUAGAGACACUUUACACCUUUCUUUCAAACAAAAACAUGUUCUCUUUGUUCUAUUCUGUUCUAUUCUGUUCUAUUCUGUCUGUUCUGCUCCGUCUUCUUUCCUUCGUGUUGAUGUUGUCGACUUUCUGGCUCUUUCUGUGGACCAAUCAGCAAAGAAGAAGCGAGCGUUGAUAUGAAUCUUGUAGUCUGGACCUGAGAACAUGCACAUGUAGAUGAGAUACUACAGGCUAGAUUAGGAGGUUUUUCUGUGUUUUGAAAGUUUUCCUGGACUCAUUUAGAAGCUGCUUGAGGUCCUGGUCCAGACUGAGUUCACAUGCAGAGCCACCGAUGUUCCUGCUGCUUUCAUACAUGUACUGUAGCCGUGCCGACCGUCCCGCUGCUCAUGUGUGAAAUCAGCGUUCAGAGCGGACCCGGCUGGAGAAGCUGAACGUGCACCUGUAUCAUUUCCUGUUUCUCCUCAUCUUUUAAUAGGGAUAAGAGCCAUAACAAGUAGAGCAAUUUAAUGUCUAGAAGGUGUUUGCUUGGGAACAAAAAGACUCUUUUCUUUGAAAUGUUUAAUCCAGUGGCUGUUUGACAGCAUAUAAUAACAGCUGGAAGGUUUGCAUUUGAAUCUAGACAUUUAAGUCUAACGUAGAGACGCAGAAGCAGACCGACACAAACUGUUCUGGUUACUGGUGACUUUGCACAAUCAGUCUUUCAGCACUUCAUUCCUUGUGGACUCACUUUUUUUCUGUUGGUCAGCACCAGAAGAUAAAAGGACGCAGAUAGAAAGCUUUUCCAUCCUACCUUUAUCCAUGUUUCAGUGUUUUUAUCAUAUUUUACUCAACAGAGAUCCUUGGCUUCCAGUCCCAGACUGUGUAGAUAAAUGUAGGAGAAAAAGUGCCAAAAUGACCAUAAAAGAAUCUGUGGAAGUGCAACUGAAGCAGCUCAGAGCUGAUUUCUCAUGAUUUUAACCCUGACAACCUUUAAUAGAGCAAAUUUUUUUAUAAUUUCAUGAUACAGCUCCUCAUUUUGCAAGAAUUUCCAUUUAUUUUAACCCAUCUAAAGAUUUCCUCUUUCCUCACGUACCUCCACAGUUUCUUUUCACACAAUUAGCCGUGUGGUAUUUUAUUUUUUUAAGCAGAAAGUCAGAUUUUCCUCGAGUUGUGAACCAGGAAAAUGUGGCCUGCUUGUCAUUUAGACGUUACUGUUUGUGUUGAUGUUUGCCUGUGUAACCAUAGUUAGUCUCUGUAGUGUUUCUUAGAUUCGAUCUUCUGUUACUGUCUUUGUUAACUUCCAGGCAGUUUGUAAGUGAAGCCGGCAGCGUUUGUCCUCUUUUAUUUUUUGUUGUUUUGUUUGCACAACCCACAGGGCUGGAAACCCUCAUGAUCCAGAUGCAUCCUGGACUGAAAAUGUUAAAAACAUGAGUAAAAAUGAAUGGAUGGAUUCUGCAUCACACGACAUGAAGUAUGUUACCGUGUAGUUUGUUUUAGCUACCAAAGAUAAAACACACGAUUAAAAAGAGAAAAAAACA